AUCAUCAGAGAUGGAAAAUAUGAGAUCAGGUGAUCUCCUUCUAGGCAUGCGCCGCCCCUGGAAAGAAAUGCUCUCUUUCUCCCUCCCUGAAAGUUCAGGUGACGCUAUUUUACGUAUCAAAGAAAAUUCUUCCUAUUUCCACAUGAACUACGUUAUCAUUAUCCUUUUCGUGAUCUUCUUAAGCCUCUUAUGGCACCCGGUUUCUCUCAUUGUAUUCCUCAUCACGUUAGCUGCAUGGCUCUUCCUUUAUUUCCUUCGCGAUGACCCUUUGGUAGUUUUCGGGUACAUUGUGGAUGAACGUGUGGUUUUGACGGUCUUGUCAAUAUUUACGAUGGUUUUGUUACUCGCGACAUCCACCAUGAAUGUGGUGGCAGGGGUAGCUGUUGGGGUGGCCAUAGUGGUGGCUCAUGGAGCGAUUAGGAGGACUGACGAUUUGAGAUUUAUGGAUGAGGAGGAACUAGGUGGUGGUGGUCAAUGGCUUACCAAGGUGCACUUGAAAGAUACUGCUUCUUCUUCGUUUUCUUCCUGAUGUAAUUCAUGACCUUCAUCU